AUGGCCAACUCGAGCACAUCUAGGCAUGUUCCAAUCAAUCCACGGCGACAACCCGGCAAUGGAACAUCUUUGCGACUUUCUUUGCUUCAGAGACGUGUGGCUGCAGCUGAAAGAGCUGUAGUUGUGUCGCAGGUGAGGAAGAUACAAAAACAGACGUCAUUGGCCGAGAACCGGAAGAAGAUCAGAACGUUGUCCACACGAGAUGUUGAAUGGCUGAAAAGCAAACGGGGCAUGAGACUGAGGACAGAGAUGUCCCAGGAGAGGAUCGUGCGCGCACAGUCGCAAGUGAGAAACGUGGCCGAGAGGAAGGAAGUGUUGGACCUGUUCGUCAGUGCUACCUCCAGAGCUCUAUCAAGAGGGCUGAUGGAGCCUGAAUCUCCCUUGAGAACAAGCGUGCUAGCAGGAAACAAGGGCUUCGAUCCCUGCUGCGUUGCAUCCAGAGACUUGUGGUCUGGAGAGAGACUGCCCGAGGCAGACGACAGUUCCUUGGUCACCUUGGCUGAAUCCGAGAUUCGUCAUGCGAGGCUUGCUAUGUUGGCCAUUGUCGGAGGCCCUGCGUCUGAAACGAUCAAGAAAACACUUGAGUGGGAUGGCUGGGGGCUUUCAAGGACACCAGAGUUCGAAGGACAGAAGUUCAUGGUAGGGGCGCUGGCAGUCUUCCUGUUGAUGGAGGUGCUGGGAAAGCGUCAAUGGAAGCAGGGGAGGAGGAUAGGGUACUGGCACCCUGUUUCAGCUGGGAAGUGCGACGAUGAUUACGUAAAGGUGCCGGGCGAUGCAAGCUUCGAUCCCCUUGGUAUCUACAGAAGAAUGACGUCGGAUGAUGCAAGAUAUCUGAUGCGAUACCGAGAGCUGAACAAUGGCAGGCUUGCGAUGGUUGGGUUCCUUGUUUGGGUCUUGGAGAGGAUGUUUAGCCUUGUCAAGACCGAUCCUUUCCCAUGGAAGUACACUCUCAGCUACGCUCCUCUUUGGCACUGGGUCAAAUGA